AUGAGCGACGAAAAGAAAAGUUCAGCUAGAAAGAACAACUCUGUUUUCCAAAGAGUCAAGAAGACGUUACGCCAAAGAAGUCGUGAAAGUAACCAAUCGAAGAGAAAAUCGACUUCGAAGGCUUCUGAACGAUCGAAAAAAGAUUUUCCAAGAUUUCUCAAAGGAAAGAUUGGAAAUAGGAAGAAAUCAUCGGAUCGAACUAAAAGUAUUUGUAGUCGUGGAUCUAGAACUAAUUCGAAAGACUGCAAUACAAGUAGAAGCAGUCAUUCACGGGAAGCAGAAUCAAGAAGUCGGGUGGAAUUGAUUCCGAGAUCAAUUGAUUUGGAAGAAGAUGUUGAUCAUUUGGUUGGAACUCCCGAUUUAUUAUAUGAGAUAAAGAAAGAGGAGACAAAAGAAUUUGAUGAAAAGAAAGAUGUGGAAGUUAAAGAUAAAAAAGAGGAAAAGAAAAUUGAGAGGAAAGAAGAAAAGAAAGAAGAAAAGAAAGAAGAUAAAAAGGAUGGAUCCAAGGAAGAUUUUAAGACAAAAGCACGGAAAAAAUCAGAUGAAAAAGUCGACUUUUCAAAAAUAGAAAAACCAAAAACAAGAUCUUGGUUGGGAAUGGAACCAGCAAUGCGAUUUUUCCACAAACACAACGAUAUUCUGAAGAUCAGAGAAGAGUAUAAUUUUCUCGAUUCUCUUACUUAUAACAAAACAACGGACGCUUUUGAUGCAAACAAACAGAGAAACCGUCACGGGUGUCCAAAAAUAUACGAUGAGAACCGUGUGAAAUUAAAUCGACCUGGUCAUGAAGAUGUGAAUUACAUAAAUGCCAGUUACAUAAAUCUGAAAUCUUUCAGUCACAAGUUGGUCGUAGCUCAACUUCCACAGUUUGAGAACGAGAGUUUUGUUGAGGAUUUCUGGCAAAUGAUAUAUCAAGAACAGAUAACUCUCAUUUACCUGUUGGUUCCUGAGAAAGCACUCAAAAAUACUCCAACAUCUCUGUUCAAAGAAGAGCAUGGCGCAUAUCAAUACGUGGGAAAAAUGUUUAUUAACAACCGAAGAGCAGAAGUAUCCGGAGAUCCAAAAGAAUACACAAUUGAAGUCCUGCUGGAGGGAAACUCAGAUUCUGUUAUUUGUCAAUUGAAUCAUCAUGCCACUUGGGAACACUUACAACAGGCACCGAAGACGCGUCCAAUUAUCAAAAUGAUCCACCAAUUUCUGACGGAGAAACAGAUUCAAAAUGCAAAUGUUUGUGUUGUAAGUGUCUUUGGAUGUGGUCGAGCAUGCAGUUUUAUUGGAGCUCUUUAUGCAAUUAGUCAAUUAAAUCAUGGUAUCGAACCAUCUAUUUGUGAAAUAAUGAAAGACAUCAAACAACAUCGUCCAAGUGCCACUGAAUCAUUCGCCCAAUAUGCAGGAAUUUAUGCAAUUGUGCUCGAUUACAUUGCGCGUAAACGUGGAAGUAAAAGAGAUCCAAUCAACAAAGAAAUCAAUGAUUUUAUUGAUAUUCUGACGGAUAUUUCACCGGCUGUUUCCCCUACAAAAGAGAAAUCUUUGCAUUGA